AACACCGAUUCCAGAUUGUACAGCAGAUACGGUAACCGACGCCUUCUUUAACACAUGGAUUUCGAGAUACGGAGCACCCGCAAUAAUCACCACAGACAGAGGAGCACAAUUUGAAUCGGCACUCUUCGACGCAUUGGUCAAACUGAUAGGGAGCACAAGGAUUAGAACCACCGCCUAUCAUCCGCAAGCCAAUGGAAUGAUAGAGAGGUGGCACCGUUCAUUGAAGUCAGCGAUUAAAUGUCACAACACACAAAAUUGGGCAGAAGUUUUACCUAUGGUACUACUGGGACUACGAACGAGUUAUAAAGAAGACAUUCAAGCAUUAGCCGCAGAAUUGGUAUAUGGAAGCACCCUAAAACUACCCGGAGAAUACUUCACCUUUGAGGACCCAAUCGGACAUCCACAAAUAUUCGCAGAAAAGUUAAGAGAACGAAUACGCCAGACACGGAAACCCGUCGCAGAUCAUCACACCAAGAGAAAGACAUUUAUACACAAGGACUUGGAAAGUGCCACACACGUAUUCGUACGAGUCGACCGUCCCAGAGGACCUUUGGAGCUGCCCUACGAGGGGCCAUUCCGAAUUAUAAAAAGAAAUUCUGAUUUCCUUUACAGGGUCGAUUACAAGGGACAACCGGAGGAAAUUAACAUAGAUAGGCUCAAACCCGCUUUUAUCGAGGGAGCGGAAGAAGAAGUGACAUCCCCCAGCAGCAUAGACGACCAACCAGGGCCGUCAGAGACACCUAGUCAGAGGAGCAAAAGACAGCAGGAACGAAAAAUUCAGUUCGUGACUCGACACACGAGUCACUAGAAGGGGAGUGAUGUGGCGUUUGACUUGUCCAAACGCACCAGUCCAAAGCAACUUGUCCAAUUCCCUGGACAAGACGAACGAUGGCAACACCGGACAUAGAGGAACGCAUCUACACUCUCUAUGGUCCUUGUUCGUUCUCCCGCUGCUUCUCCAAAAAGACAGACUAGUCAUCGCCGAUAUAAAAUCGUUAUAUGUAACGUUAUCUUAUUCGUAAUUAGUGAAUAAUAUUUGUUAUGAUUUUGUAA